AUGUCGUGUGAAAGAUUCUCUAAUACUUAUCUCGGUGAAGUUUUUUUAUGUCCAUUUUGUGAUGAAUAUCUUCCAACAUCAGAUCAUAUGCGUGCUCAUUUGGUGGUAUGUGGCAGUAAAACGAAUGAAUGUCCUUUCUGCAAUAAAUAUAUCCUACGAACGAUCUUAGCUUAUCAUGUAAAUCAUAAUUGCCAUAAUCCAAAUCUAUUUGAAGAGGAAAGAGAAACAAGUGCACAUAUUCAUCAUUCAAAUAGUCAUAUCAAUUCCACCAGUCAACACACACCUGAUAUAGAUGCUUCUUCAGAUCGAGUGGAAUCAAAGACUCUGAAGAAAUUUCAACCUUUACUUGAGACAGCAGCGCACGUACAGGAAACUUUAGCUGAAUAUUAUUAUCAACCUGAAGUAAAUCAUGUCGCAGAAAAAGUUCAAUUUAAUAUUAUUAUAAUGGGUUCACCGCGUGUGGGUAAAAGUGCCCUUAUUAAUGCAUUAUGCAAUGGGAAGAAUCGAGCAGAAACCAGUUCGAGUCUUAAUUCAUGUACUAAAGAAGUUACAUGUUAUGUUUUGGAGGACAAUCAACAACAAACUCCAAACGUAAAACCAUUUAAAAUCAAUUUUUACGACACACCUGGUAUUGAAUCAUGGAAAGAUGGGUUUGGACACGACACUAUGAUAAAAAUUAUCGAAGAAACAAAUCCACUCUGCUUUAUUUUUUGUGCAUCACCAGGAACAUUUGCUGAUUUAAAGCAACUUAGACCAGUACUCCUCUAUUGUAAAACAAACGGUAUCUUUUGUGCUCUUGUUUGUACGAAUAUGUGGUCUGGAAAUAGUCGCCAUAUGGUCAUUAAUGAAUUUGAAAAACAACUUCAGUUCUUCGGUAACAAAAUUGAAAAGUUUUCUGAACAGUCGGAUUCUUCAAAUCCUCAUAAACUUACUUGUUUUGGCAAAGGCGCUCUUUGUACUAUGGUCAAUUCUGUUGAAUAUUACGAUCCAGAUUUUUCCGAUCAACGAAAACCUGUACAAGGUAUCGAUGAACUCAUCCAUGGUAUAAUGGAAGCUCUCGAUCACGAAAAACUACUUGGUUGGUGUUAUGCUGUACUCUAUCGACGUACUUAUUGGGAAAAGAUUAGUCAACAAAUUAGUGGUUUCUUCUCGAUGCGUUUGAAGAAUUUAUAUCAACUAUUAGUUCCAUCACCCGACAAAACUGCGACAAAUUUUCUAACUUAUUUAAAUGAAUUGAUUUUUCGAAAAACAAAUUAA